CAGAUCAUCCUCAAAGGAAUCAGUCUCCACCUCCGCCCUACUAAGCACUUUUAGCAGCGACACAUUAACCAGUCGUUUGCACUGAUUGUGGGCUGCAGAAUCCAGUUGUUCCCGUCGGGCCAGUUGCAAAGGGCAGUGGUGCAGGUGAAAGGAAGAGAGGGAGGGACCGAUCCAGGCAGAGAGAAAGAGGAGGAGAAAGCAUACAGAAAGCAAAGAUGACAGAGUGAAACAAAAUGGAUCCAACCAAGCACAGCCCUGUAAACAACGGGGGACAUGAAUCACUCGUGGAGGAAACCCCGGCGCUGUGGCGAGACGGCGCUGACGGCGAGAGACAGAAAGACGCGGAAACCAGAGAGACAGACGUUGUUGAUGGGACGACAGCAGCUGCAGAAAUAAACAAUCACCACAGGGGGUCAGCAGACAAACACAAGUUCAGUACGUUUGGCUAUCAGAGGCGGACCAAGCAGAAGGUUGUGACUGAUUUUGCAACAGUGAGUAAAGGACCCUCUGUGGGAGCCAAACCCAGAGCUGCACUGAAACAGGUCCUGUUCAGUCAAGGAGUGUCUGAGAAAAGCCUGACAUCUGAGGAGCGAGGUCAGCUGGAUGUGUUGAAGCAGGAUCUGGGAGCCUAUGCUGUGCCAGUCAAUCUCAAGUGGAGAUGGAAGGAGGAAAGUCGGGGGACGACCCUGGAGAAGAACUGGACAGAUAUAGUAGACUCUCAUUCGACGAUGCCUAAGACGCAGAGACACCAACAGGAGGCGCUGUGGGAGUUUGUUCACACUGAGCUCACCUACAUCAACAAGCUAAUUAUCAUCAAAGACCUGGUUAUUGCAGCUCUUGUCAACCUGCACCAGCAUGGAUUUCUCCUGGAGGUGACCCCUGAGCUGCUUUUCUCCGACCUUCCCUCCAUCCUCAGCGCACACCAGCUGUUCUGGCAGGAGGUGAUUUAUCCCAUGUUAAAUGAAGUCCGGAGGACAGGCAUGCCCUUUGAUCCCAUGAGGUUAGAGGCCGGCUGCCUGCAGUUCCGUCAGCGCUUUUCUUCCUAUCAGCAUUAUUGCUGGGAGGAGGAAAACAACCUUGAGUUCACACGCAGGCAGAUGGAGAGCAACCCACAUUUCCUCACUUUCGUCCAGUGGGUGGAGACUCACCCUCAGUGUGAGAGGAUGCGGCUUGGGGACAUGCAGGCCAAACCACAUCAGAGGAUCACAAAGUACCCUCUACUGCUCAAGGCUGUGCUGAAAAACACUCAGGAGCUUCAUGUACAGCAGGCCCUCAGAGGCAUGUUAUCCAGUGUAAAUAGUUUUUUGGAGAGUAUCAAUGACUACUUGAGGCUAAAAGAUGAGGAACUCGCUCUCACCAUCUCUGCUCAGCGGGUGGAAGGAUAUGAGGUGGAGGGGAUAAAUGAAGAAAUUGACAAGCAUGUCAGAGAGAUCUGCCAGUUUGACCUCACGUGCCCUAUCAGAGGAGUAGGGCCUGGAGUUGUGCGUAAGCUGCUUCUGGAGGAGAACUUGAAGAUUCGAGGGAGAAAAGACAGCAAACUAGAGGUGGUGGCUCUACUUUUCUCAGAUGUUCUACUCAUGACCAAAGUCCAGAAAAAAGGAGAGCGGCUGAAGGUAGUUCGUCCUCCCUUGGCCCUCGACAGAACCUACUGCAUAGCACUGAAAGAUGGCUGUUCAUUUGUUCUUGUGGAAGUGGGUGAACUUCAGAGUACUAUGAAUGUCUACAUAUUUGUAGCUGGUACCCCAGAGAGCUGCUCCACAUGGGUCUCCACCAUCAACCAGGCGAAGGAAACACUGAGGAGCUGGAGAGAGAAAGAGAGCAACAAACAACUGGAAAACUGGAAAAUCCAGCAACUGGAGGCCAAAUCUGUUACAGAAGCCAGUACUGAUGAUACGGAUACAGAAGAACAACUUUUGCAGCUAGAUGGAGAGGCUUUGGUGGAUGCACUUAAUGAAGGAUUUAUAAUCCGCCAAUCAGUGAAUGGGAUUUUGGCAACUAAAGAAGCAGAGGAAAGGCAUCAACCUCCAGAUGAUGUGGCCACUGACAACGUUGUUGUAUCUUUUCGCUCCCAGCCCAAAAACAGUAAUUGUAAAUCUACACGUAAGGUCAUUGCUGGUCAUCAACAAGCAAUUGAGGGAUAUGAAUGGAUAGAAAUGGGAGUGAGAAGACAACAAGUUGGGAUCUAUGUAGAGGAAGAAGUGAAAAUGGUUGAAUCUUCCAUAGCAAGGGAGGAAAGGCUGGCCUACAACCACAGGUUGCAAUCUACCUCUAAUGUGGAUCAUUAUACCCAAAAUGUUAUGGCUGAUACAUUAAAAAACACAGCUGCACCACAUGCUCUCUUAAUAGGUGUAUAUCCAGAUAUUGACUACCCAAUGAAUGAAGACAGUAUCUCACAACCGACUUACCAGGCAACAGUAUCCAGGGGAGAAGGAGGAAUAUCAACAAAGAGAGACUCAGACUCAGAUUCUCAGUCUGUGAACCAGGACAUAUGGAGAAAUUCCAGCUAUAGCCAGCCUAGAGAACUGGAGACACCUCCAGAAACUUGGAGUUUCUCCAAAAAUUUGAAGUCACCUGGGUUACGGAAGAGGAGGCCAAUAAGCACCCACCAGGACCCCUUUACUCAGACAUCGAGGCAGUUCUUCCAUGACUCAGGACCAGCUUUAUCUGCUUCUUUCUCCAACUCUGACUCAGACUACAAGCCAAAUGUUAAGAGAAAUUUUGUUCCUUCCCAAAGUUCAAAUUCACACCGGGUGCUAAAGCUGGGCUCCCUGAAGCCUAACCAAGGGAUGUUUUGGACCAUGAAUGACAGAGUUUCUCCAGACCCCCAAACGUUUUCUGAACCUGAGCUGCCUGAUCUCAACUUCCGAGACAAAAGGCGCCAAGUGAAAGCCCAAAGGAGUGCUUCCAUUCCUAACAUGACUGUCGAAGGAGGCCAUGAGCAUCGGCUGCACUCCAGGAGUCUGUACACAUCACCUGAAGACAAGGAUGUCAGGUCACAACAUGAUCCUAAUGGACACCCAUCACCUCUGGAGGGUCUUUUAGAAAGAGCCAAGGAGAGAUCAAAAGACAAAGAGGGAUUAAAAAGAGACAGAAAUAUGAAACCAGCUCAUAUGAGGGCAAGGUAUCCUCCUAAUUCCUCCUCGUUUUCCACCACACCAUCACAGUCACCCAGUGAUGGAGAUAGAGAAACAGAGUGGGAGGAGGAGGUGGAGCUGAUGAGACACAGAGCUCUCACAGUAAGUAAAGGAUGGAAGGAGCAGCUGGUAGAUGGAGAUGAAGAUGAGAAGAGGGACAGUGUUGUCUUUACAGACGGUGUAAAUGUGGACUGGUCAGGCUGGUGCUUUGACGACGAUGAAGUCAUGGAUCACUUAUAUCCUGAAGCUGAGGGGCUUCUGGAGGACAUCAGCCGAUCUUUGACUUUCUGGGAUCUCCAAGGACUUUCAGAGCAAGAAGACGGGGAGUGCAGUCAGGUGUAGCUCUGAAGAUGUGCUACAGAGUCCUAUAGUUGCUGAGUGGAUCCAAAACCAGACGACCAAACACCAACCUAUAACGCAAACUCAAAAUUCAGUUCAUGAAUGUGAACUACAAAGUGACAAUGACAGGCCACUUUUUUUAAAUGAAAAGCUUAUGCCCAAAAAGGAAGAAAAGGACUUUUGCAAACAUUAAAUAAAUGUCUUUCGAGCGCUUUAGCAGACUUUUAGUUUGUCAUUGACACAAACAUCUUCAGUCUGAAUUUAUGGGGUAUAAUUAUUCUGUAAACCUAAAAUAAUGUCUCAUUUUUUUAUGUGAUACAUUGUGUGGUCAGUGUUUUGUGUAAAUAUUAUAAAAGUUUAUUUUUUUACCAUUACUGUAUAUGUUAUUUAUAUCGGUAACAAUUUCUCUCUCUCUCAUUGACCUGAGAGUUUCAGCUUGUACAUAAUGUAAUAAAUAAAACCAGAUUUAUUUCUGAUAAAUGUA